AUGUCGCUCGAGCAGGCUGAAAUGUACAACGACAAGAAAAGCGAAAGUUUCUGUGCGCAGGCUGAGACUCGGGACAUAUUCACCGAUGAUUCGUUGGACCCUGUGUAUCAGGCCAAAGCUAGGAUUCUUAAUGAUGCGUUGCAAGAGAUUGGAAUGGGAAAGUAUCAGUGGUACUUGUUCGUGGUAGCUGGAUUUGGCUGGCUGUCCGAUAACCUUUGGCCGAUUGUCACUGGUUUGAUAUUAACGCCAGUAGUGAACGAGUUUAACGUACUAGGUCCAUGGCUAAAACUCGCUCAAAAUAUCGGCUUGCUAGUGGGAGCUGCGUCUUGGAGCAUUGCUUCAGAUGUUUGGGGUCGGAGGUGGGCCUUCAACAUCACUCUUGGUAUGACUGGUAUGUUUGCCAUCGCGGCUGGGGGAUCUAUGAACUACGUUGCGCUCUGUUCCCUGACCGCGGUGUGGUCAGUAGGCGUGGGUGGCAAUUUGCCUGUCGACUCUGCUGUCUUCUUAGAAUUUGUCCCCGCUUCUCACCAAUAUCUAUUGACGGUGCUCUCCGUUUGGUGGGCCUUUGGGCAACUGUUGGGUAGUCUGGUUGCAUGGCCCCUCAUCUCCGACUACUCUUGUCCCACUACUGUCCCCCCUUCUCCUUGUCCAAGAUCCUCGAACGAAGGAUGGCGGUAUUUCUUGUUCGCUAUGGGUGGGCUCAUGAUGUUCCUCUGGGUAAUCCGCUUUUUCUUUUUCAACCUAUACGAGAGUCCAAAAUACCUCAUGGGACGAGGUCGUGAUGAACAAGCAGUCGAGGUCGUCCACAAAGUCGCAGCCUACAAUGGAAAAACGAGCAACCUCACCCUCGAAGACCUCCAGAGGGCUGGAAAACUGGCUGAGACUACGAUCGACGAUGGCAUUCGUAUGGACACAUCUGCUUUGGCUGCCGUGCAAAGGAAGAUGGGAAUGUUUAGCAAUAACCAUGUUAGAUCGUUAUUUGCCACCCGGAAGAUGGCUUGGUCGACUACUAUUUUGAUCAUUAUUUGGGCUUUGAUCGGUCUCGCGUUUCCUCUGUACAACAGCUUCGUAACAUACUUCUUAGCCACCCGAGGGGCAAAUUUCGGCGACGGUUCCACAUAUAUCACAUAUCGCAAUCAAGUUAUACUCAGCGUGAUAGGCAUUCCUGGAGCGCUGAUGGCAGGUUACUUCGUCGAGCUUCCGUAUCUCGGUAGGCGAGGCACCUUGGCGAUAUUCACCGUAUUGACAGGCGUAUUCAUACUGGCAUCCACCACCGCACGCACAUCCAAUGCGCUCCUUGGCUGGAAUUGUGGUUAUAGCUACACGAGCAACGUCAUGUAUGGCGUCUUAUAUGCCCUUUCACCUGAAUUGUUUCCUACCAAAGAUCGUGGAACUGGUAACGCGAUCGUAGCCACUGCGAAUAGGAUAUUUGGCAUCAUGGCCCCGAUCAUUGCUCUGUACGCGAACCUCACUACAUCUGUGCCAAUCUGGAUUUCGGGAGCUAUGUUCAUCGUCACUGGUUUGAUUGCUCUCUUACUACCAUUUGAACCCCGUGGUCACGCAUCUUUGUAA